GGAUAUCCAGUAUCGUAGACUGAGGUCUUUUUGCACGUCGCCGUUAUCCACUCUCGAUGUGUGCGAUAUUAUUAUUAUGACACACGAAAUGAUGAGAUCCGACCGGAAUUUAUCAAUAAACGUUUCUUUUUAUUAGUAAAGUGCAAGAAAAAAAAAUAUUAAACGGGAACGAAUGUGGAAAUUUUACAAAUAAAAACACCGAGGUUUAGCGUGACAAUAUUUUUUUUUCGUGUGGUGUGUGAUAAAUAAAAAAUGUGCCAAAUGUCGGUUAGAGUUUCAAGUGGAAAAACCAAUUUUUAUUCAACGGUUUUGUUUGUGUUUUCAUAUACUGCUAAGAGUUCAGCAACGAGUUCAACGAUUUAAGAAGUGGUUAGCAAGGAGAUAUAUUGGAUUAUAAUUUUGGUAGCUGGGAGACGUUCCUCUGCCAAUGACCUUGUGUGUGUAAAGAUACAAAACUAGUUUGCUAAUUUAGACUUAAGUGGACGGGAGAUACGAUGUACGAGAGUUCAUGUUCGUACCAAACAGCGUUAGAUCUGAAAAGAACAUCUCCUAUUGCUCAGGUAAAAUCCGAAGAAUGCUUCGGCCUAACACAAUGCUCACCCGACUGGGCUUCAUAUCGAUUUCAUCAGUCCACAUUCGAACAAUUAAAACAAAGUGUCGAAAAGGCCAAAGCGGUGUUACAGGAUCGUUCAGGCUUUCUUGGUACUAGUGCAUUUAGUGAUAUAUACUCAUCCACCCCGCGUUUAACCGAGCCAUUAGCUGAACCGUUCGCCAGUAGUGGAGGAAUCAUUGGCUUAAGCAGUGGAAGCAGUGUGAACGGUAAUACAGCCUCGCAAAGGCAUAGAAUCGAGACGUUGAAAGCAACAUCAACCUCGUCUUCGUCAGUGACACAGACAUUAGAUGGUGGUGGUUGUGAUUCCAGGCAGCGUCAAGAAAAAUCGCAUGGUUCGUCAACGACAGCCAAUGGAAUGAAUAAUGCUUUGAGAUCGGUUAAGUGUGAAGAGCCCGCGCCAUUUCCAUUCAAAAUCGGAUGGGGACUGACACCACAAACAACAUCUAGUCCAACAUUUAUUAACUCCAGCACAACAACAAGCAGUAGCGAAAAUGCCAUCGCAAUUUAUAGUAAUCAAAGGAAUACGGCAGAAAGUAGAGAACUUUCUGAAUCAUAUUCAUCAUAUAAAUCAUCUUGGGGUACGCAUAGUUCUACGCAAUCUCAAGGUUACACAUCCAAUUCGCUGAGUAGUGUAGCUGUAGGAAAAUCAACAAUAGAUGUUCAUUCACAUUUUAGACAACCAGAUCCAUAUCAAAUGUUUGGUCCAACGAGCAGUAGAUUAGCGAGUUCAGGUUCUGGACAAAUUCAAUUGUGGCAAUUUCUAUUGGAACUACUUAGUGAUUCCAGCAAUGCUGGAUGCAUAACAUGGGAAGGAACAAAUGGCGAGUUCAAAUUAACUGACCCAGAUGAAGUAGCCAGACGAUGGGGUGAACGUAAAUCAAAACCAAAUAUGAAUUAUGAUAAACUCAGUCGUGCGUUAAGAUACUAUUACGACAAGAACAUAAUGACAAAAGUACAUGGCAAACGGUAUGCGUAUAAGUUUGACUUCCAAGGCCUGGCUGCAGCAACUCAACCAGCAGCAAGUGAUCCGGCUUAUAAGUACCAAAGUGAUUUAUUUAUGACGCCAUAUCAUCACGGUACAAAAUUAACGACAUUUAUGAGCCCACAUCAUGGAAUGACAUCAUCAUCAGGCUCCAUCUUCCCAUCGGCCGCAUCGUGGAGCAAUUGGGGCAGUCCUGCAUCAAAUCUGUAUCCGCCACAUUCAAUGAGCCAUGUGACACCGUCUCAUGUGACACCGCAUUUGGGCUCAUAUCCACAUUAUGCAUGACCAUCACCGUCGGGAAGUGGCUUUUAAUUCAAAUUUCUAUCACGGAAAGUUGUAAGAAAAGUUGACUUUUUGAUAAAUUUAUUGGGAAUAAAAUUGUAAAUAUGACGGACGUGGCUGACGCCUGAAAGUCUGUACCCUAGACUUAUGUAAUAUUCCGUGUGUGUAUUUAGAAGUUUAUUUUUAAUUGUAAAUGUAAAUAAAAAGGAGAAAAAAUCUACCAAAAAAAACAUAAUUAAAUCUUUGAAAAUAGAGACAACAAAAGCUCAGUGUAUUGUAGCAAUAUGAGUGUAAUAAAUUGUACAUAACAUCUAAUAUUAUGAACUGUACAAAACAAAUUUAAACUUAAGGGACAUUACCUAAUAUCGAUGUAAAUUAUGUGUAAUUGAUUGGUGUAACUGUUUGAAACACUUUAGCAUUUAUAGGACUCACAUAUCCAAUUCUAUUAAAGUCAACUAAAGAUCGUCAGCGUUGAUGUCAAUUCAAACAAAGAAUAUGCUCCGGGGUAGUAUGUACUCAAACUGCUAAAAAUACCAUAGUCUUCUAAAAGCUCUUAACUAGCGACGAAGGGGACAUAUAAAUAAGUCUGAUGCAGAGCUGAGUGGGCGAGCUCACUCAUGUUUUUGCCUACAGUCCAAUGGUCAAAUACAUAAUUCUUCGCCCAUGUCAUUCGAUGCACAGCAUUAUUUUCUCUGUCUUGACCACAUUUCCUUUUAAUUACGACUUUGUCCGCAAAUUUUCAAAAUUCCUAUGCCUCUUCCCUUGGGUUGCGGGCAGCACAUUAUUUCCGUCGCAACAGCUGAAUAAUCUACAGUCUGAGGCCUCUUCAAAAAAUGUUUUUUUUUUUAUGGAAUACUGUUGGUCCUUAUCCAAAGCCGUGUAAUAGGGGUGUUGAUUGAGUCAGAUUUGUAAAGUCAUAAAUUUCCCGAAACUAAAGUUCAAUUUUUUGAUGAAUUAAUUGAAGAAGUCGUAAAUGGUUAGGUGUUUUUAGCAGAAAAAUUAUGACAAACGUUGCUUCCGCCUCACAGGGUCAGUGGAGCGACAUCUGUUAUCACUUCUCUGGUUUUUAGACGUUUUGUGAAGGUGAUGGUGGUACAUACUAUGGACCAUUUCUCAUGUUUUGUUACUACCGGUGGUGUUAAAAUAACCUUUUAGAAAAGGCUAGUCAUCUGUUGUCGACAAUUUCGACCAAAAUAAGCAGAGCUCACAGUUUGUUAAAACUGAGGAAGUAAUAGAUUUUGUAUCAAAUACUAGAAAAUAGUGCCGAUUCUCUGUUAUUCACAGCGGCUUCAAUGAACAGAUAGGCUUGAACACUAUCAUUUACAGAAGGUCAGGAAAGUAAUUAUAAUAUUGAUCACCACAUCAAACUAUUACAACUAAUCAUAAAAUACUAACAAACAGAACCUACUUUCGCCUAAAUAUUUUCUAGAAUUUUCUGAAAUUUUCGUGAAAAACUUUUACAAAAAUUCAUGAAAAUUCGAUAAAAACAUGAAAAUUUGUGAAAAUUCAAGAAAAUAUUUUCGCGAAUAUAGGCACUGCUAACAAAGGAUGGUGAAGUAGGUGAUACAUAAAACUAAUUCCAUUCCAAGACAAGAAAGAAAAAAAUUUUAAAUUGAGGCUGUAGACUACGAUCAACGUGACGCAUAGUUCCCCAUUCCACAAUAACGUCUAAGAAAAUGCUGACGAACAUUUAAAAAAUAAAUAAAUUCAAAUUCGUACUCUAAUACUCUAAUCUCUGCAGAGGUUUUCCUUGUCUACGCAUUCAAAUAAGUAGUAGAACAUACUCAUAAUUAAAUAUAUUGACGAUUGAAUAGUAAACGCAAUUUCUCUUAAAUUAACGAAUUGGACAUUCCUUCAACUAUAAAAAAAAAUUAAAAUAGACUGUGAUAGAAUUUAAAUAAUUGUAAACGGAUAAACUAUUGAGUGUAAAUAAGAUGAUAAAUGUGACAGAAAAUUUAUUAAUUAAAAGAAAGAAAAAAAAUCGAUUCGAUUACUCCUUUUCCUAGUGUAACGAAUUGAACGUAUAUUUCGGUCAGACGAACCAUUAAUUUAAAAACUAACGUGUGGUUUAUGAUCAUUGGGUAAUGGCAAUGAUCACCUAAAAUUUAGAAGUAAAACAAUUUACCAAUCCUUUUUUUGUAAAUUCCAAUUAGAUUGUAAUCAGAUAAAAAUGAUAUUUAUAAAAAC